AUGCCUUUUAGACUGCGCUGUAAAACUUUUCAUUUACUAAGAUAUCUACUAGAGAUUGAAGACGAUUGUGGUCUGACCAAGUACCAGUAUGGAUUCAGAAAGAGCUGUUCAACUGCAGAUGCAUUAGAGUUGAUGAGCAAAACAGUAGAGAAAUAUGGCAAUAGGUACAAGGUUGGCCUACUUACGCUAGACGUAAAAAAUGCCUCCAAUUCUGUUCUAUGAGCAAGUAUCAUGCAGGCGUUAAAAAGCAAAAAUAUUCCUUUGUACCUGUACAGGAAAACUACCUUUAUGAGAAGGAAAUCAGCUACCGUGACGCGGAAGGUACAAGAGUUAUCAUGAAAGUAUUGAACGGAGUACAACAGGGGUAAAUAUUAUGGAAUGUCCUAUACGACGGACUUUUCAGAUGGAACCUGCCCAGCAACGCUGUGCUAGUAUCGCUUGUAGACAACGUGGCGAUAAUUGUGAAAGUGGUGGAUACUAUAAAAUUGAAGUCAGUAAUAGAAGCUGUGGCACAGAAGACUCACCAAUGGUUGAGCAACUGACCAACAUUGGAAUGAGUUUGGCGGUAGACUAA